CGCGAGUUAAACGUCAAAAAUUUAAUCGAUUUUUCACACAGCGAAACGCUUGUUGUUGUUUAUCUCCGCACCGUGAAAGAAGCGCAUUUCUGAAAGUUGAACAAAAAAUUGAAAUUUUAACAUGAAUUCCGCCACAAAAGUUGGUGAAAUAUUUACGGCCGCUGGGGCGGCAUUCAACCGACUUGGCGAACUGACGAUGCAACUUCAUCCCUCUUCCGAUUCACCCACUGGGAGCAAGUGGACAGAUGAAGAAAUCGAAAUGCUCCGAUCGGCCGUGACCAGAUUUAGCGAAGAUCUGAACAAAGUUAGCGAACGUAUCAAGGGAAGGACGGUAUCGCAAAUCAGGCAAACGCUCAAGAAGAAAGCAUUCGAAGACGCAGGAAUUCCGCUGAAGCAACAGCAGCAGACGACCACACAUUUGGCCGGCCCCCAACAGCAGCUUCCGCAGACGCAAACCAUCCUGGUCCAGCAGCAGUCCCACCAACUGGGAUCACCUCAGUCGGUCACCACCAGUGGAACCGACCAGCAGCCGACACUGAUCGUCAAACAGGAGGAUAGCAAUGAUCCCACUGCUGUGACCGGCUCAGCUGCCGGUGGUUAUUUGAAUAAGUCUUCCGAUAUGAUGAUGACCCUGAACCGGCUCAAUGUGCCGGACAUGGACGUAGACGCCGUCGAUGGGGCGACGCUGACUUCCUCUAGUACCGAGAUCAAGCUGGAAUUCGAACCGGGCGCAGAGGAAGUGACCGGGUGAGAUGAGGUGGCCGCCGCUUUCUACUUUGGCGUUCCGCCGCGGGGAUAACGGGUGGUGGUGUCCUCUGAAAGCAACCGAAAAAGAAAAGAGAAUGAAUGAACUAUGCACGGGAAGCUCUCUCUUCUACCCAUUGCCGAAAGCAUCCCUUUUUGAGAUUGAUUGAGACCUGAAAUGAAAUAUUCUGAAUAGAAGCCCAAAUGUUUCGCUACCAGGGAACUAGAGUAGUAAUCGAUGUGUUAAGUAUUAAGUGGACGAAUUGAUAAUCCUAAUCGUAUUAAGAAUUCCUUUCGAAAUAAAAAUAAGACGUGUGAUUGUAACGUUGCGGAACGAAUGUUCUAUUGCAAUAAAUAAAAUUAUUAACAUUAA